UAAGGAAGAAUUGAAUUAUUGAACGCAAGAUAUGGUAUCUCCCGUAAUAAGAGGUUAAAAGUUUAUCAAAAAUCAAAUAUUCGUAAGUAAGAAGUCAUAUAUAUAUAUAUAUAUAUACGACACAACAGUUAAGUUGAGAUCAAGUAAUGAAUGUGUUUUAAACUGGGAAAGAGAACAUAAAGAUGGCAUCUCAGAAGAUUAUAAGAAAAAUAAUAUCAUCUUCAUUAGGUCCAAAACCUAUUGGACCAUAUAACCAAGCAGUACUUGUAGAUCAUACUUUAUAUUUGUCUGGAUCUCUUGGUGUUGAUGUUAAAACUGGAAAACUUGUUGCUGGAGGUGCUGCUGUAGAAGCUCGUCAAGCUCUUAUAAAUAUGGGUCACAUCUUAAAGGAAGCUGGAUCUAAUUAUGACAAAGUCGUUAAAACAACAAUUUUCUUACAAGAUAUUAAUGAGUUUAGUGAUGUAAAUGAAGUCUACAAAGAAUUUUUUAAGGAGAACUAUCCAGCUAGAUCUACAUUUCAAGUUGGAAAGUUACCAAUGGGUGCAAAAUUUGAAAUUGAAGCUAUUGCUGUUGUUGGCGAGGUAGAAACAAUUUGAAUAUUACAAGCAAAAUUAAUUUAAAUUUUAUAUAUUAAUGAGAUAUGUUAUAUCUAAGAAUUUAAAUAUUAUUUCGAAUUUACUAUUUUUAUGUAUGA